CCCGGCCCACACGCACCACAUACCGUGUGCCACACUAUGUACAAAAGUACGUACAGUGCACGUAGCAUAUGAACUGAAGGCGGGUGUAUUUAGGUCGACUAAAACCGGUGUGCCUGUCAUAAUUAUUGCGGAAGUUACUGAAGUCACAAAUGGUGUUUUAAUCGAACAAGAGGAUUACUGACCAACUUCUCAGAAUGAGCAAGAAAAGUGGAUCUAAGCAGUCGGGAAGAAGAUGGGUGCACCCUACAACAGCUCUGACAAGCGGACAUGUGGUUUACAACGUCAAGCUGAUCGGAAACACUGAAGUAGAAAAUCCAAAAGGUGCUGAAGUGGUGAGAGAGGCUGUCCGCAAACUCAAGUUUAACAGACAACUGAAGAGAGCUGAUGGAGAGAAACCUGCCAAGGUGGAGCUGACCAUCUCAACAAUGGGAGUAGCAAUCCAAGACAGACAAACCAAGACUCGACUUCACACCUUCCCCCUGCAUCGGAUUUCUUACUGCGCUGACGAUAAGCAAGACAAGAGAAUCUGUGCCUUCGUUUGUAAGGAGGAGGUUUCAAACAAGAACGUCUGCUUUGUCAUUGACAGUGAGAAAUGUGCUGAGGAAAUAACUUUAACUGUAGGCCAGGCCUUUGACUUGGCUUAUCAGCAGUUCAUGCAAACAUCUGGCAAGGAGAUGGGAACGCAGAAACAACUGCUCUCACUUCAGAAAAAGGUGCAAGAGUUGGAGACGGAAAACGUCAAGUUGAGAAUGCGGGUUGUUGAACUUGAAGCUUUGCGGGGACAUCAGCCACCACCCUACAGCGAGUCAAACUCCAGUCCUGUCCAACCUCCUUUACUUAAGGACCUGGUGGGUUCCUCAAGUCCACAGCUAACCCCACCGGGCAGCUUUGAGAGUAUGCUUUUCCAGCAACAAAACACACCCCCUACCUCGGGGGCUAUUCCUGUAAACGCAUCCCCUCCCACUGCCGCUGCAGCAACAACAGGACCCCCGGCCCAGUCUCCAUCACAUAUCUCAUCCGAGGCUGAAUUCCUGUAUGGAUCGGGGAUGGCUGGGACGACCAAUGGCGUUGCAUCACCCACAUAUAGUAGCAGCCCAGCAGGUACAUCGGUUAAGAGCAGACCGAGACCGCAAGGUUUGGCAACAAUCCCGCAAGUUCCAAGCCUUGCUCCUCCUCCGCCUACCACUAGACCUCGAAGGCUAACAACAAGCGCUUCAUCUUUGACUAGGCCAGAUGCCUUUGGAGAUCGCUCUAAUGACCCCUUCGGCCAGACUCCGUUCGGUCAGAACCAAUCCCCUGGAGUCGCUCGCAGUAAUCCUUUCCACGCUUCUCUUUCGCACCUGGAGAAUUCAGGAAACAAUAAUUACCGGGAAAUACAGGAAGGGUUUUCUCACGGAUUGACCAUUGGGACUGAGGACCUGUCAUUGGCCGACUUGGACCCGUUGAAUAACCUGAGUAAUUGUUAAACGAGAGGCGAUGAGGACUUCACCAUGGCAACAACACCGAGUGCCUCAUUACCACGGCAAAGUGCCUUUUUGCCAAGGAAGGUCACUACACCAGCUGUAUCAUCACCAUGGCGAAAACAUCCCCUGCCUAACCAUCAUUGCAACAACAUCAUGUGCCUCGUCACCAUGGCGACAACAUCAUGUGCCUCAUCACCAUGGCAACAACAUCAUGUGCCUCAUCGCCAUGGGAACAACAUCAGGUGACUCCUCCUUCAUCAUCUUCGUUUCGUUGUUGGAGUUGACCGUUAAUGCAUGCUUCAUAUCAUUCCACAUGAAUCAGGGCUAGUCCAAGAAAAGAUCACCCCUUGGUCCUAAACACAUCGCACCAUUUUCUAAAUGUUUUUAAGUACACAAUCAUCCCAAGGAAUUGGAGGCCAUUCAGAAUAGUAAAUGUUUAAAAACAAAAUGAAUUGUUUCAAAAUUUUUUAUGGGU